GACAACCAGUAUCAAUAGUAUUUGAAAGUGCCAAACAAUAGGAUACAUUUUGUGUGUUGUGAAUUUUGUGUAAUGUUUUUUGAUUGAUAAACAUAUGUAUCGCCGAAAUAGACGUGGGGGUGGGCCAAAGUGGUUUCGAACAGGGGACCGUAACAGACAGGAAAGCGAUUAUAAAAAUAAUGGCAGAGGUGGUCCCAGCUAUGAGAGACACAGUAAUCGCUCUGAAGACCGACCUAGAGGAAGAGGAAGAGGACACCCUCCAGGACUGCGUGGCAAAGAGAUUGGUUUGUACUACAGGGAUCUGCACAAGAGGAAGAGAUUGGAAGAAAAGAUAUUGGUGAGACAGCGAAUCAAGUUAAAUCCAUCAUGUAGAGAGAAAAUUAUGAGGUUGUUGCAUACAGCAGAGAGAAAAUGGGGAUGUCCGGAUAAAAGACCUUAUCUGUUAAAUGCUGUAAAGAUCGAAGAAGAAGAGUCACAAAAUUCUGAGGGAAUUGUGCAUACAGCAGAAAGAAAAGGGGAAUCUCGAGAUGAAAAACCUAAUCUGCCAAUUGCUAUCAAGACUGAAGAAGACGAAGAAAAAGAAGAAAAACCACAAAAUGCUGAGUGUGGAUCAGUUUCAAAAGGACUGGAACAUAAAUAUAAGCACAUUAGGGACUCUCGGUUCAAGCAACAGUUCAUUCGUAGUGUAACAGGCAACAUGGAAUCCAAUCUUGAGCACUCUCUCUCAGUCCGUGUUCCUAUCAGUAAACGCAGAGAUCCAGAUUUAGACAAGAUGCUAAAGCAGCAACUGGAGCAGAGGCAGAUGGCUGGAGGACCACUUCUGAGCUUCCGGCGUACUUUACCAGCGUAUAAAAUGCAGAAAGAGAUACUAGAAAUAAUUGCUGCCAACCAGGUUGUCCUGCUGAGUGGUGAAACAGGCUGUGGAAAGACAACACAAGUGGCACAGUUUAUUUUGGAUGCAGAAAUUGCUGCUGAGCGAGGAUCUAUAUGCCGCAUAGUCAAUACACAACCACGGCGCAUUAGUGCCAUUUCUGUGGCCCAGAGAGUUGCUGAAGAACGUGAUGAACCAUGUGGUGGGCAAGACAGCAGUUGUGGAUACCAAAUACGACUUGAGAAGGCAUUGCCACGACACACUGGCUCAAUACUUUACUGUACUACUGGAAUCCUGCUACAGUGGAUGCAGUCUGAUCCUGCACUGCCUGACAUCUCACAUAUAGUUCUUGAUGAAAUCCAUGAACGAGAUAUAAUUUCUGACUUCGUGAUGACCAUUUUGAAGGACGUCUUACCUAGGCGACCUGAUCUUAAAUUAGUGUUGAUGAGUGCAACAUUGAAUGCCGAGUCAUUUUCUCGGUACUUCGACAACUGUCCUCUCAUAAACAUCCCGGGAUUCACUUAUCCUGUUCAGGAACUUUACCUGGAAGAUGUGCUGCAGAUUACUGAGUUCACUAUGCCAAUAUGUAAUGACUCAGAAAGACGCUAUUUCAGGUGUAUCGCAACAGCGAGAAAGAGGCAUAAGAGGGAAGAAUAUGAGAACUGGAUAGCACCAUAUAUCAGGAAGCUAGAAACGGAAGGAAAGUACUCAACAAGGGUGAUACACAGUCUGAGAAAUCCUGAUUGUGAGGAGCUGAAUAUUGAGCUUAUUCGUGCUUUGGUUCAGUACAUAUGUAUGAAUAAGCCAGAGGGUGCCAUUCUUGUUUUUCUACCUGGUUGGGAUAAUAUUUCUGCACUGAACAGAUCAUUGGAAGAAAGUGGUGCAUUUCCACCAUAUAAGUAUCGUAUAAUUCCUCUCCAUUCUCUGAUGCCUACUGUGAUGCAGAAAUCUGUGUUUGAGAGACCGCCUCCAGGAGUCCGUAAGAUUAUAAUUUCAACAAGCAUCGCUGAAACCUCAAUAACAAUAGACGAUGUUGUAUAUGUUGUGGACUGUGGUAAGACCAAGAUGAAAAACUUUGAUAUUGAAAAAAACAUAUCUACCCUGCAGCCAGAGUGGGUGAGCCUUGCUAAUGCAAAGCAGCGGCGUGGACGAGCUGGAAGGGUGCAACCUGGUGUGUGCUAUCACCUUUAUACCAGAGCACGUGAAAUGAUGCUACAAGCAUAUCCUUUGCCGGAAAUGCUGCGUUCACGAUUGGAGGAGGUGAUUUUGCAAGUGAAAAUCCUGCAGCUGGGCCGAGCUGCCGAAGUUCUCACCCGCGUGAUGGACCCCCCAGAUUCGAGAGCUGUUGAUCUCUCCUUAGAGCUGCUGCACACACUAGGUGCACUUGACCAGGACGAGACCCUCACUCCUCUGGGCUUCCACCUGGCUCGCCUCCCACUGGACCCUCAGACUGGCAAGAUGAUUCUCAUGGCAGCAAUCUUUGGUUGUAUUGACCCUAUAUUCUCCAUUGCUGCAAGUCUCAGCUUCAAGGAUGCCUUUGUAAUACCACUGGGAAAAGAGAGUCAAGUGGAUGCUGUAAAACGUGAGCUUGCUGCAGGAAGCUGCAGUGACCACAUAGUAUUGGCAGAGGCAGUACGGAGAUGGGAAGCCUCAGGUUCGGGGCGUUCUGGCUUUUGCCAUCGUUAUUUCCUCUCGUGGAACACUCUCACUUUACUAAAGAAUAUGAAGAAGCAGUUUGCAGAGCAUUUGUACGAGAUGAAUUUUCUUGCAACGGCUGAUCCAAAGGAUGGGAGAGCCAAUAUUCACUCCAAUAACCGCAGUCUUAUCAAGGCCAUUGUAUGCGCUGGUCUGUAUCCUAAUGUUGCCAUUGUCAGGAAAGUGCGGAAGGUGCGGAAAACAAUGAAGUACUCUGUAACAUUGGACACACCUGAAGAUGGCAGAGUUAAACUGCAUCCAAAGUCGGUGAAUGAGCAGUGCCCCGAAUUCCCAUCUCCUUUGCUGGUCUACCACCAAAAACUGCGGAGUACAGCUGUCUAUUUGCACGAUACUACGAUGGUGUCACCACUAGCUGUGCUGUUCUUUGGCUGUGGCAUAGUUUAUGAGGGAGAGGACUCUGGUGAUGGUGUUGUUGUACUGCCUGGGGACCUUCGGUUUGCGUGUUAUAGGGAGACUGCUGAUGUAAUACAAAUCUUGCAGAAGCUUGCUCUCCCUUUGUGGCCUGCCCUCGUCAACACAAGAAAGAGGAGGAGGAGAAGCAGAAGAAGAAAUAAUAGACUUCGAGAUAGUCUUGAUCAGCUGUUAGCGCACAAGGUUAGCCAUCCUGGGCCUAUUGACUGGAGCCCAAGAAGUGAUGAGGCACCACUGCUCAGGGCCAUAAUGGAUGUGUUGUCAUACGAAGACAUUGAAUUGCGCACAGUGGCAGAAGAAGUAGACAGUUGUGGUGAAGAUGAUGAUUUUGAUAGUAAUGCAUAUUGAGUAUGCUGAGAAGACAAACAUUGCAAGUGGAUUUUGUACUCUGUUUGUGUGUGUGUGUGUGUGUGUGUGUGUGUGUGUGUGUGUGUGUGUGUGUGUGUGCGCGCGCGCAUGCAAAAUAUGAUAUUUAUUUUUGUUGAUGAUGAUCUCAAUUUGUCUUGACAAAUCCUAAGUUAUUCAUUGUAUAAUAAAACAAAUAAAAGUAUUA